AUGCGUCGCUCACUGAUACGGAUGGCCCAAUAUGGGCUCGAAAGCGAGGGAGCGCGAGGUGUCCGCCCACCAUUCCACCGCCGGCGAGUUGACUACCAGUCCUUUAAGAGCCAGUUCGGCCCGGAGUACAAGAUUGGCUGGCACGCAUACGGCUUGAACAUGACACAAGCGACAAGAUACAUGAGCCUUGCUGCAGGCAUGGGUAUCUCACUAGGCAUCUUCGGCAUCUUCUUCCUCGACGCUGUUCCUCGGGUGCAGAGAGACAUUCUGCAAAAGUUACCGUUCAUUGGGAGCUACUUUGUGCAUGAGGUUCCCCCGGAGGACAACCCCUUCUAAGCGAAAGCUGACUCGCUUGGGGUGCUUAACGGUAAUACAUUCCAGACUAGCAAAAGCAAGAACGCAUGUACACUAGCUCCAGCGAAGCUCGACAAUGCUACAAUAAAUCAAGAGACCAAGACGUCUGCUGGUGAUGUUUGCUGCAUAUAGCAAUGUUCAAUAUGGUCGGGGCUCGCAAUUAUCGGAGACAGGCCGCACCUUGCAACGUCUUGCAACCUUAGAACAGCGAAGGCGGCGUCUCGAGUGCACGGAACCGGUACGAUAGUACUGCACGGAACCGGUACGAUAGUACUGCUCCACAUCCGGGGUGAUAGUCAUUAAAGGCAACUUCACGAACUACGUUGCGUGCCAUGUUAUAAGUUGUUACUAUCUUCGCAGCCCGCUAAAACUCACGGAGU